AUGGACAUCAUGGGCCAGCUCCAGCAGCACGCGACCUCCUCGUCCUCCACCUCGACCUCGGCGUCGUCGUCCUCGUCCGAGCAGAACAUCAAGGAGGUCUGGUCGCCGUCGUCCUCGUCCUCCCCGCCGCAGCCGCUCAAGAAGCGGCCCGCGGGGCGAACCAAGUUCCGGGAGACGCGGCACCCGGUGUUCCGCGGCGUGCGGCGCCGGUGGGUGUGCGAAGUGCGCGUCCCGGGGAAUCGCGGCGCGCGGCUGUGGCUGGGGACCUACCUCGCCGCCGAGUCCGCGGCGCGCGCGCACGACGCCGCGAUGCUCGCCCUGCUGGGCCGCGGCGCCGGCGCCGGCGCGGGGCGCCUCAACUUCCCGGACUCCGCGUGGCUGCUCGCCGUGCCGCCGCCGUCCGCGCUCUCGGGCCGUCGCGGAGUUCCAGCGCCGCUUCGGGGCAGCAGCCGGUGGGUCCGUCGUCGACGAAGCGACCUCGGGCGUGUCUCCUCCAUCGUCGUCGUCACUGCAGGGCAUUUCCUCCGUCUCGCCGGCGCCGGCGACGGAGCUUGA